CUCUUUGACAUUCGAUACGUCAUGUCGUUUGUUAUACUUCAAGUCUAUUUUGAUCAUUGAUCACUGUGUAAACUUAAUUUUGAAAAGCUUCUAAUAAUAUUACGUUACUUUUGUAGUAUAAUUAAGGCUUCUAAUAAAUCGAAAAACAAUAUAAAAUCUUAUUUAUUCCAAUAAAGAAUGGCUUUAGUUGCUUACGAUAAUAGCGAUUCCAGUGAUUAUGAAGACGACGAAAACGAAAUUAAAGCAUCUGAAGCGAAACAAUUAUCUGAUAUGCCGAUCGAGAAGGCAAUCCUACAAAAUAGUACAUCAACAUCGCAAGAAUCUGAGGAAAGCCAGAGCCUGUUUAUCAAACUUCCACAGCCAUCAGUCAAAAAGAAUGUUGUGUUAGAGGAAGAUGAUGAAUUUCUUCAUAAAAAAGAAUCAACAACAGAUUUAAAACCAAAAUCUCGAAUAACAAUACCUUCAUUGAGUGAUUUCAAAGAUGUUGAUGUUACAGCACCUACUUCAAAAACCAGAGUAUCUAAUGGGAAAAAAUCAGGCCUUCUCAGUAUACUGCCCCAACCGAGAAACGUGUUAUCUGUAUCAAGGCCUUUGAUACCGAAUGUAGUAGCACAAAGACCACAAACUACAACAGCAAAGAAAAAAGAACUUCCCCCACCAGUAAAAAUAACAAAACCUGUCUCAAACGGUUUAGUUACUGAGUACUCAGAUGAGAGUGACAAUGAUGAAGUGGAAAAUGAUUUCUUCUCAAUUAACAAACCCGUUGAAUUACCUGUAGAAGAUUUACCGCUACCGGUAGAAAAUACUGUUGAACCUGUCCAAAAGCAGCCGAGAAGUAUUGAGUCCUAUUUCAAGAAAGACCAUAUUGAGCUACAACCAGAUGAAAAUAAUGACUAUGAAGAGCACUAUGAUAGUAGACAAGGUUUAGGAGUUGCAGAUAAUGUGGCUGCACCUUCACAUAAUGAUGUUCAAAUUGAUGAGGAAGCUAUUCUAAAGUUGUGUGGAUCGCGAGGAAAACGAAAGAGAGAAGAAAUACAGAUUGUGGACAUAAAUCAACAAGAAGUCUUGUCUGAAGCACGAGAAAUGCUCCUCAAGGGACUCAUGGACGACACAAGCAAACGUCAAUCAGCCAGCAAGAAACGUGGCCACGAGCCUACGAAUCAACAAAAAAGGAAACAUCAAAUCACAUACUUAGCUCAUCAGGCUAAAGCUAAUGAAGCGGAACUACAGAACCAAUGGGCCAACAAUAGAAUGACAAAGAGACAAACACAAUCAAAAUAUGGUUUUUAAUGUUUAUAUUGUUUGUAAUUAAAUAGUAAUAAAUAAAUAACUUCGUUUUUAAA